GUGAUGCAGGAGGGGACCCCCGGCCGCCCCCUCCCCGCCUUCCCCCUGGGCUCUGAGCUCUGCCGUGAGUGGCACCUGGCCGAGGCUCGGAGACGGCGGGCGGCUUUGCCCCUUGGCACGCCUGGCGUGGAGAUGCCUGACGCCGUCCCCUUGCACUUAGCGUGCCAGGGCCGCAUCGUCAAGUUCAAGAGGAUGCUCAAUCGGGAGCUGACCCACUUAUCAGAAACCAGCCGCUCCGGGAACCAAGUGUCCGAGUACAUCAGCAAUACGUUCCUGGACAAGCAGCAUGAGGUGGAAAUCCCCAGCCCGGCUUCCAGGGAGAAAGGCAAAGAGGAAGCCAGACCCCCCAUGUCGCAGAUCAGCGGUGUGAAGAAGCUGAUGCACGGGGCAAGCUUCAGCUACUCCAGCAUCCCGCGCUUUGGGGUCCAGACGGACCAGGAGGGGCCCUUGGCCAAGGAACUAGAAACGGUGAACAGGUGGGGUUUGGACGUGUUCAAAGUCGCGGAGUAUUCCGGUCACCGCCCACUGACGGUUGUGAUGUACAGCAUCUUCCAGGAAAGGGACCUGCUGAAAACAUUCCACAUUCCCAUCGACACCUUCAUCACUUUCCUGAUGACCCUGGAGGACCACUACCACCUCGACGUGGCCUACCACAACAACAUCCACGCUGCUGAUGUGGCGCAGUCCACACACGUGCUGCUCUCCAUGCCAGCUCUGGAGGCCGUCUUCACUGACCUGGAGGUCUUGGCGGCCAUCUUUGCAGCUGCCAUCCACGACGUGGACCACCCGGGAGUCUCCAACCAGUUUCUGAUCAACACCAACUCGGAACUGGCCCUGAUGUACAACGAUUCUUCGGUGCUAGAGAACCAUCACUUGGCCGUGGGCUUCAAACUCUUGCAAGAAGAAAACUGCAAUAUCUUCCAGAACCUCUCCAAGAAAGAGCAGCAGAUGCUUCGCAAGAUGGCAAUUGACAUGGUCCUGGCGACAGACAUGUCCAAACACAUGAACCUCUUGGCUGAUUUGAAGACAAUGGUGGAGACCAAGAAAGUGACCAGUCUGGGAGUCCUACUUUUGGACAACUAUUCAGACCGCAUUCAGGUCCUGCAAAACAUUGGUCUCACUGUGUUGGACUUGAGCAACUCCCACUAAGUCAAGCUGGAGCUCUACUCACAGUGGACGGACCUCGCUGUGACUAUGGUAGUAUUCUUCUACCAGGGAGACCGAGAGCGAGAGAAAGGCAUGGAAAUCAGCCCCAUGUGUGACAAGCACAAUGCCUCCGUUGAGAAGUCUCAGGUGGGAUUCAUCGACUACAUCGCGCAUCCUUUGUGGGAAACCUGGGCGGACCUGGUGCACCCGGAUGCCCAAGAGAUCCUGGACACCCUGGAAGAUAACAGGGAGUGGUACCAGAGCAUGAUUCCCCACAGCCCCUCGCCGCCCCCGGAUGAGCCGGGGUCCGAGAAGGGCGGCGCGGUUCCAGACAAGUUCAGAUUCGAGCUGACGCUGCAGGAGGAGGAAGGAGAGGAGUCGGACACGGAGCAAGAGCCAGAGAGCCCCCUGGAGGAGGAAAACAGCGAAUCCAAGAUCCUGGGCACCACCGACGACUCUGAAUCUGCCGGCGAGCAGCCCUCAUCCCCCACGGACAAAUCCGCCUUUCUCCAUAGGGACCCCUCGGGCACGCAGAAGGAGGCUUUGGCCGUUGAUAACCAAAGGACACUCUCCAGAGGCAGGGACGGCUCCACGGCAGCCCUCCGCGGACGCACAAGGAGAAGCAGCGCGAAGGACUUGGAGCCGUUUCUGGACGCGGAAGGGAACGUCGCCUUUUUGUCGCUCGGGACAUAGUGAGGGGGAACUGUGCUUUUGUUCUAGUCUGGCGGAGCCGGGGGCCAUCUAAGAAAGCCCCCGAUCUUGCCGACCCCCAUUGCAAGGGAUCGGGACAGUGGGUCCCUCUUCCUCCAACAAAAGCUGUGGGCAAAUGCCAGGUUUGAAUGGCGGGAGAGAGGACAAGGGGCAAAAGGACCAGGCCGGCCAUCCCUAAUGUGUGAUACCUCCUGACACUUGUGGCAAACGGCUAAAGGCAAGCUUUCUCUGUUAGCUGCUGGCUAACACUCCUGCCACCCCCUGCCUGGUUUCAGCUUGAGCAGAAGAGCAGCA